UACUCUUUCGACAAGUAUUAAUGGUUUAACUCAAAUCGCAAAUGAAGUGAAAUCUAUUUUAACUUCUUCUGAUGUUAAGGGCCAACUUGAAACAACAAAACACUCUAUUGACUCUUUGAAGCGUCGGCUUGAUAUUUAUGAACAAAACCAAAAUAAAUUUGUAACCUUUAUGCAACGUAUUAGUACUGAACAUGGAAUUAAAAUACAACGUAUUGAAGAUACACUAAUGACCGCAACAACCAUAUUGGAAAAUUUGUCAACAACAACAACUGUACUUCAAACUAAUAUGAAUAGUCUAUUACCCUAUAUUCAGAAUCGUGAAGACACUACUAACAUUUCAAAUAUAACAAACAAUUCUCCACAUACUCUUACCACCAGAAAUCCUAUACUUACCGCAAAAAUUCAUGAUAAAAUGCAAACUAAUAAGAAGUGGAAUGAACCUACAAUUACUGAAAUUGCCGAAGCCUAUUUCAAAACCUUGAAAAAGAAACGAAAUACUACCCCAGCUGUAAAGCUUUUGAAUAAUCAAUGUGCACGGCGCCGCAAACAACGUGAAAGAAAAUCAUCUAAUCGUCUAGCCGCUUUAAACAAAAUUCCUGAAAAUCAACUAAACCAUCCUAAAAGUGAAAUUGAAAAGUUAUUUUCUUUUGAAGCAACAUCACCCGAA